AUGCAAAAUAAAUUCACAUAUACCCUGAGCGUAAUUACAGCUCUGAUACAACAAGUAUCAUCACUGUUAGCACCUAUAGAGGACCCGAUAGUGUCGAAUAAAUACCUUAUAUCGUACAUCGAUGAGACCAAGUGGAACGAUGGAAUAUUGCAGAACCAGUCUGCACUGGACUCCGGAUAUAUUGUAAAUGUAGGUGAUAAUCUUGAAUGUUUCAUUCAAAAUGCAAGUUCCCAAUUGGACGAUGCAUUAGAAAAGCCGAAUGACCAGAUCAAUAGUGAAAAGAGAGCACAGUUAACCAAUACUCUAGACCAAGGUGUUAAGACCAUUUUUGAUAAGCUAAAUGAACGAUGCAUUUUUUAUCAAGCCGGAUUUUGGAUUUAUGAGUACUGCCCUGGCAUAGAAUUCGUUCAAUUUCAUGGUAAAGUAAACAUACAAACUGGUGAAAUCGUUAAUCGAGAUGAGUCUCAGGUAUAUCAGCUGGGAAAAUCAAGAGCAAAUUUAGACGAGAGAGAAUUUGAAUUGCUUUAUGACGAUGUAGGAUAUUACAUCAGCGAGAUCAUAGGCUCAGGCGAUACAUGUGAUGUGACCGGCGCUGAAAGAAUGGUUGAAAUUCAAUAUGUUUGCGGUGGCUCAAACUCUGGACCAGCAACCAUCCAAUGGGUGAGGGAAACAAAAAUCUGUGUUUAUGAAGCUCAAGUCACCAUCCCUGAAUUGUGCAAUUUAGAAUUAUUAGCUAAGAAUGAAGAUCAAAAAAAUGCCUCACCGAUCCUUUGUAAAAUGCAUGACAAAUCAGAUACUGGCAGCAGUUCCGUUGAUUUAAUUACUCAAUAUGAACCAAAUUUUCUAGGAUCUGGAAUAUAUUUUCUAAGACCUUAUAAUACCGAUGAAAGAGCAAAAUUAAUGGUCACUGAUGACGCGAUGUCAAACUGGGAUGUGAUCACUGAGACAUACUAUCAGAAAUUUGGGAAUGCCAUAAACAGAAUGCUUAGUUUGGGGUUGGUAUUGUUACCUAAUGGUAAUACUCUCCAGCCUGGUGAUUCUUGUGUUUGGUUGGCGGAAGUAGUUGACAUCAAAGACCAAUUUCAAACCAUUCUAUCCUUGAACAUACUUAAUUCACAAAGGGCAGAGAUAUCUUUUAACAAGACUUUCACAUUCAGUGAAGAUAAUGGAAACUUUAUAUCAUACGAGAUCAGGGACCCUAGUGAGCCGACUGAACUAAAUCAAGAAGGUAAAAAUGCGGAACAUUACCAGCUAGGCGAACAUUCGAUUGACUCCAAUAAUGAACUGUUCUUGAAGCUUUCUGAGGGAAUAUCUGAAGUUAAAGAACUAUUGAACGAAAUUGCUGGACCGCAGGAUAUGGAACUGAUAUUCGAAAGAAUGAGAAACCAACCAAAUAAUGAUUUUGAACUUGCACUAAUUAACGGAUUCAAAUCUUCACUAGCUUUCGGUGACAAUGAGAAAAAUACUGAGCAAGUAGAACAGGCAAGGAUCGAUAACGAUGGAAGCGCACUGAGUGCCAAGGGUAGUUCAGAGUCCAUUAUUCAAACCAAAAUAUCGGGCAAUAAUAUUAAGGAAGAAGAAAGCCCAAGUAGGGAUGCUGGAGAAGCCGCCUCAGCGAUGGCGCAAAGUACUGAGGUGGAGGCUAUAAAUGACAUACCUGAUGUUAACAUUGAACAUGAUGAGCUUUAA